CUGUACGGCAACAACUCUGAAUUCUGGGUUGGACUUGACGAAAUACUCUACCAAGUGAAACGUCGGUACCCGGGAUGGAAGGUGCGACUCUACACUGAUCCUCGUGAUCGCGGAGCCAUCCUGUGCCCGCUCCUUCGUCGCCAUCACCACUUCUUCGUCUGCGACGCCACCAUCCUGCCGCCGCCCCUAGGUAACCUGUCCCUGGUGCUGCCGUCGGUUUGGCGCAUCGCCCCUCUAGGCGACCCCCAGGUGGAUGCCAUGAUGGUGCGGGACCUCGACUCGGCGAUAACCGCGCGUGAAGCAGACGCAGUAAAGGAAUGGCUGUCCUCGGAGCAGGUGUUCCACGUGAUGCGUGACCAUCGCAACCACUUUGUCCCUGUGAUGGCCGGGUUGUGGGGCGUCAAGCUAAACAAUGACUCCCGCCACCAGCUGGCCGCCCUCAGGGACACCAUACUGGCCAAGGCUGUCGGCAAGAGUGGCUACUUUGACGACCAGUUACUGUUGGCGAGUGAGUUGUUCCCGGCCAUGGAGGGUAAAGUGAUGGCUCAUGACAGCUUCUGGUGCGGGGUGUAUGAGGACUCCUUACCCUGGCCCACGCAACGCCACAACGGCAUCUUCGUCGGAUAUCGAAAGUACAAGAAGGUGUAUCACAAUGAAACCCUCCGUGAGAUGUGUCCACGGUACUGCCGGCCUCCUGACCACCCAGAGUGGGUGUUCUGCUGACGUACACCUCUCACUGAACAGUCUGGUCACGCAGAGUGGGUGUUCUGCUGACGUACACCUCUCACUGAACAGUCUGGUCACGCGGGGUGGGUGUUCUGCUGACGUACACCUCUCACUGAACAGUUUGGUCACGCAGAGUGGGUGUUCUGUUGACGUACACCUCUCACUGAACAGUCUGGUCACGCGGGGUGGGUGUUCUGCUGACGUACACCUCUCACUGAACAGUUUGGUCACGCAGAGUGGGUGUUCUGUUGACGUACACCUCUCACUGAACAGUCUGGUCACGCGGGGUGGGUGUUCUGCUGACGUACACCUCUCACUGAACAGUCUGGUCACGCGGGGUGGGUGUUCUGCUGACGUACACCUCUCACUGAACAGUUUCGUCACGCAGAGUGGGUGUUCUGCUGACGCACACCUCUCACUGAACAGUCUGGUCACGCAGAGUGGGUGUUCUGUUGACGCACACCUCUCACUGAAGAGCUUGGUCACGCGGGGUGGGUGUUCUACUGACUAACACCUCAUACUGUACAACGUUUUCUUCCAAAGAUAAGGGCAUUUCAACAAAGCAUUACUUUGAGAAUAACCGUACUUGACAUUUCACCAAAGGAGAAUUACAAGUGUUGGGUCCCUUCACUUGCGUGAAGAAGGCUCACUUGAGACACAAUGGGACUCAUCUGGUAUAAAAUGCUUUGCCUGGCAUUUGAUUUUAUUAAUCGUUGGGUGGACAAAGAUGUAUUAAGCUCCUGAUCAAGGUAUAAACGUACACUUUUGUUGUGAAAAUGGCUGCGUUAGUGGGGAAGGUCAGGCGAGUGAGCUGAUGUUCCACUGAGCUCUACAUAUUAUUUAACAAUAUUUGCCUGCAUGAAUAGUUAUUUGUAGCUUUCCAAUGUUUCUUGUAAACAAAUAUUAUCGGUUGCAUCAAAAGAUAUUUAGAAUUUCUCCCCCGGAAAAGUACGAAAAAGAUUAAUAGAUAAAUCCAGAAACAAACAACAGUGUGUCCUAUUGGUCUGAAAUCAUGUCUCAGACGUUUGGUAGCAUGUCCUGUAGGUAUGGAACCUUAUCCCAUAUGUACAUAAGCUUCUAUGUUCAAAAUGUCUAACACUAUGUCUUAUGUCCCAUAUUUCUGGAACUAUGUCCUGUAAGCCUUGAACCAUUAGGAAGCCUUGUUAGGCUUCCUAAUAGUUCAAAGAAGCCUAACAAGGCUUCCUUCAAUAACAAGUCGAAAUUUCCUGAAAUUAUAUAUUUUGUAUAA